AUGUUUGCCGCUGACCCCGUCAAGUACUACGCUCAGCAGGGAGGGUACGACGCCGGCGCCGAUGCCUCCUCGUACGGGCCGGCUGCAUCGAGCUCGAGCUACGGCGCGGGAUCGUCGUCGGCCGCAUCGUCGCAGGUGCAGUACGAUGCCAACGGGUACCGGAUCCACGCUGGCGGCACGUCUACGGGCGGAGCGGGUGCGCCGCAGCUCCUCGACGCCGAGCUCCUCCAGCAGUCGUCGGUCUACGUCCCCGGCGCCGAGGUGCCCAAGACGACAGGCAAGGCCAAGACCCAGGUCCCGGUCGGGCGUCGCGAUACCGUCAUCCGCAAGGCUGGUGGCAGGGUAUGGGAGGAUGCGACGUUGGUUGAGUGGGAUCCCAAAUGGUACCGCUUGUUCGUGGGCGAUGUCUCCAACGACGUCAGUGAACGUACCCUCGACGACGCAUUUAGCAAAUACCCGUCGUACUGCAAGUGCAAGGUGGUGCGCGACCGUCUGAGCCAGAAGGCAAAGUACGGCUUUAUCGCAUUCAAAGACCCAGAAGACUUUCUCAGGGCGUGGAAGGAGAUGGAUGGCAAGUACGUCGGCAACCGGCCGAUCCGCCUGAGCAAGAUCAAGGAGGACAAGUAUGGUGGCAUCGACACGACGACCAUCAGUGUGCGCAAGGCCAAGGAGCUGGACAAGAUCCGUCGCAACAAGGGCAAGCCAAGCAAUGGGCGGCCCGUGGCCUGGUAG